UUUGCUGUUGAAGGAGGGGAGCGGCACGCCGGAGGGACCCCGGUGCUUUAGCGAUGCUCGGGAGCCGGGAAGCAGGAACCGCCAGCGGCAGGGAAGAGGGUGCCGGGCCCCUGAAGCCGCCGAGCCGGGCACGCGCCAUGGAGGAGACGUCUCCCAGCCGCGCACGGUUUGGUCUCCCCGGCCUGGUCAGCUGGAAGCAGAGUCCGUGCAGGACUUUAUUCCUGUUUGCUGCAGCCAACACGGUGAUCUGGUUCGUGGCCUUCGGCUCUUUUCGAGCCUACAGCAUCCUGGCCAUCCUCCUGGCUCUGCUGGUUGUCACGGUAACUGCCAAAGACAUUAUUUGGUCAAAAUCCAGGGGAGCUCAUCUCUGGUGCAGCAUGACAACAAGUUGGGAGAUCAUUGAUCCGGGUCAGGACAGCCAGUCUGGUACCGGACCACAACUCAGCGACUCCCUGAAACUCUUCCUCCAGGAGAUGUCGGCUUUCAAACAACAAAACCCGGGCAAGUUUUGCCUUCUGGUCUGCAGCUUGUGCUCCUUCUUUGCCGUCUUAGGACGCUACAUUCCAGGGAUCGUUUUCUCAUAUAUUCUAGUUCUGGGCGUCUUCCUGUGGCCUCUGAUCUCAUGUCAUGCCAUUGGUUUGUGGCUGAAGCCAGUUCUGCAGAAGCUGGACUUUGGCAUUGGGGAGUUUUUUCAGAAAAUCAAAGAAAACCAUGAGAAGAGACUCAUUCAGGCUCAGACGGAGAAAGAGAACGUUGAGUCAGACCUCUCUUCUAUGUUCCCCAAGCUGGACUCUGCAGUGUGUAAAGAAAUGUCUGUAUCGGACACUGAGGUGUCUGACGUGACGUGGACAGACAACGGUACUUUCAACCUGUCAGAGGGACACACGCCACAGACGGAGAACUCAGAGGAUCUCGAUAAAGAAGAAGCUUUCACCAGCGACCUCCCAGAGUUUCCUUCCCUCGAUAACGGCGGCACGACCAACGGAGACGAUGAUGAUGACCUCAGUCUUGGCCUUCCCUCACCUCCAUCUCAGCCCCAGCAGCCAAUCAAAUCAAAGCUCACACCUUCUCUUCACAAAGACCAGUCCUCCGACAACAUGUUGGAGUUGGUCAACCAGAUGGCAGGUGACGUCAUCACCACCGCUGUCACAGCCGCCAUCCAGGAGAGAAUAGAAGCAGCAGUCUGCUUCAUGUCUCUGAGCGAAGACCCCGAGCGGUCGAGGCUCCAAGAGUCGACCCGGCUGCUGGAGCUGGCCGAGGAGUCAGACAGUGAGGUGGAGGACUUUGAGCUGUUGGACCAGUCAGAGUUAGAGCAGCUGGAAGGAGAGCUGGGGCUGGGAGAGGAGAAGACGAAGCUCAGAGAGGACGAACAGGCCAAGGCCGACAAGCCAGCCUCUUCUGGGUUCUUCUCCAAACUCCUCAGACGCCACUGAUAGAUGAAAAGUUCUGCAGGGGAGGGUUACGGGUCACAAAGGACAUGUAGAGGGGAGACCGGGGUGUUCUGGUCCCAGACAGUUUUUGUGUGAUUGUG